AUGGCUCUGAAAUAUGAGGUAACGGUGCCACCUAGUGGGAUUUCUCCUGCAGAAAAUUUGAACCUGAUCUCAGUUACUCCUGUGUCUGCUUACAUUACUUGGAAUAAAUCACCUGAGAUGAAGCACAUCUCAGUGAAGUUCCGGAUCUCCUGUGAAAGCAAAGACGGAAAGGCACAUUGCUUGUCUACAGAGUCAUGCAGCGCUCUCCUUAAAGGCCUGAAGCCUCAAACUGAGUACACAGUGACCGUGUACUCAAAACAGAGUGGAGUAAAGAGCAUCAAAUCUGACAUUAAAUUCAAAACAAUUGCAAAUCAGGAGAGAUGUCUUCAGGAUUUGGGACUUUUCAAACAUCUUAACAAGAAAAUGUCUUCCACCUCAAUGCUGAAAAUAAGCCGCAAUACAAUUUACAAACAAACGUGUGAGUCCCUAAAAGAUCUCCCACUGUAUCGAAUAAGAAAACUGAUGUGGUGUAAUGUAUCAAGCAGUUGUGCAAGUGUUUUGGACAAGAAAACAGGUUUAACUGAGAAGGUCAAUCCACUGGACUUGACAACAGCAAUUUUCCAUUGCUCAGAUCCCUUCCUUCAGCAGACACUGUGCUCAAAAAUGUCCCAGUGUCAGCUAGCUGUCCCCUUACUGUUGCCUAACUGUGACACGCAGCAGAGCACACUGAUGGUGUGGGCAAUGAGAGAUAUUGUUAAAACAUUUAAAUCAUAUGGCACAAUGGAACACAGUGUUGCAACAAAACCCAUGCCAUUAGUGUCAUUUGUCAAGCUAGGAAAGAGUAGUUUAUCAAAAUCUUCAUAUCUGAAUAGGAUUGUCAGUCCAACAGGACAGAGCAAUGACACAUUCGUGCAUUAUAAUAUGGAGUGUGGAGAUGUCCCCCGAAAGAUCUCAGAUGGGUUGGUAGAGAUCAGCUGGUCUUUGCCUUCAGGGAGAACACACAUUGAUGUGUUCCAGCAGCCAGUGGCUUUUGCGAACCUGAGAGGCGACAUCAGGAUGUUUGAAACACAAUUAUCUUUCCUUUGCCAGACAUCUGCUGCGGUCUUUGUCUUCACAAAUGAUUCAGAAAAAGAUGUCAGCAUUUUGACAAACAAUGAGAAAACAUCGAAGCUACAUAUGGUGGUACCAGAAUGCAAUAACAAGGAUGGCUCAUACAGCUUAGUCAGAAGAAAGAAUAUGUCGGUUGAUGUCAUCAUCAAGGCUGAACAGAAUGAAUCUGAGUUCACCACCACUCUGUGCGACAAGAUUGCUUACAUUAUUCGGAAACAGGAAAGCUCAAAGUCUUUGGAGUCCAUGACAGAAAUUGCUCGCAAGAAUGGGUUACUUGUAGAUGAAAACUGCUCUGAAUGUGAUAAAGGCCGCAUGUUGAGCAACAAUAUUCUGACUGGCAUAAAAGACAUCACCAAAUUUAAAUCUGAGGUUUUGCUAUGCCAGGGACAGGCAUGGAAAGAAAUAAGUAGCUUGGAAAGGGAAAAAUGUCAGCUAAAAAGGUCAGGACGAGAAGACAUUGAACAUUACAAGAGUCACCUGAACAAUGAGGUGACCAACCGUAGAGCAAAGCAAUGUGGCACUGAAUUAAGCAGAUACAUCACUUACUUCACUGAGGGAAUUUCAAAGAAAGGAGCAGAAAGAAACUAUUUCUUGAAAUCAUUAAGGAUGUCUCUAGAUAGGUUGACACAAGAGAAAAUGUCUGAACUGACAGAGAAAUUUAAAACUCUCCAGGAGCACCCUGAAAAGAAAGAGGAAGCCCGGAGGAUAAAACUGCAAAUCCCUCAGUGCUCACUUGGACUUGAACACUUCUUCAGGGAAGUAGGACAGUUGUAUGAGUCAGCAUGUCUCUCUCCAGACUCACAAAGAGCCAAACAACUCCAAUGUCUACCAGAAAUGUGUGCUCAAUUACUGCUGGAGGGAUACCCUCUGGAGUUGCUGGAUGGAGAUGCGUCAAACAUCCCUCUCAAGUGGAUUGAAGAUAUCUUUAACAGCCUCAGCAACUUGGUGAAACAUACAUGUGUAAUAUCUGUUGUGUCUGUCUUGGGUGUCCAGAACACAGGAAAGUCUACUCUGCUAAAUACCAUGUUUGGAGUUCAGUUUGCUGUCAGCAGUGGGAAGUGCACUAGAGGAGCCUUCAUCCAGCUGCUCAAAGUUUCAGACAGUUUCAGACGAGAGCUCAAGUGUGAUUACAUUAUGAUCAUAGAUACAGAAGGACUGAAAUCACCUGAAUUAAAAGACCAGGUUGACAGCUAUGUGCAUGACAAUGAGCUAGCAACCCUUGUAAUAGGGCUAAGUGAUGUCACAAUCAUCAACAUGUCAAUGGCUGAUGUAACACAGAUGAAGGAUAUUCUGCAGAUUGCUGUACAUGCCUUCCUCCGAAUGAAGGAAGUUGGUAAGAAACCUAGAUGUCUGCUUGUUCAUCAGAGUGUGGGAGAUGUGUCAGCCUUCGAUAAUAAUUGUUUGGACAAACAAACAUUAAUUGAGGAACUUAAUGGAAUGACAAAUGCUGCAGCAAGGAUGGAGAAAAAAAAGGAUGAUGUGUUCUUUACUGAUGUAAUGGACUACGAUCCUGUGAAAGACACCUUCUACAUCCCUGCACUUUGGCAGGGAACUCCACCUAUGGCAUUUGUCAGUGCAGGCUACAGUGAUGCAGUGUAUGAGCUGAAGAAAGCCUUGAUAAGUGCCCUGAAAGAUAUUCGGAGAGAAAAACAUGAUUUGUUUAAAUUCUGGCAGAUGACAAAAGACUUAUGGCAAGCUGUAAGAUAUGAGAACUUCAUCUUCAAUUUCAAGAACAGCCUUGUGGCAGAAGCCUAUGCAAAACUAUGCCGGGAGUGGGAUAAAUGGGAAUGGGCAUUUCAGAAGGAAAUGUACGACUGGAGCCUGGAGGCAGAAGUUCAAAUCUCAAACUGUGGCAUGACAGACACAGAGUUCAAGGUACCAUUGCUGAGUGAAUUCAUGCUUGAGGCAUCGGAAAAGCUUGAUGUGGAGGAGAGGAAAAUUCUGAGUUCUUUGCAGCUCUAUUUUGAUACCCAAACCAGCCAUUCAUAUCUGAUUGAAAGGUACAAAGAAGACUUCAAGAACAAUAUUACCUCUCUAAAGAGGACGACAAAAGCUUCUAUUCAAUCCGGACUACAGGUUGCUAUAGACAUCCAAAAUGGGAAGAAACGACUUAGAAUGAUCCACAUCACUCAGUCACAAGCCAUCACAGACAAGACUUUGGAUUUACUUAAAUCCGUCAAAGACAGGAAGUCUGGUGUUCGUGAUGAAGUACUUAGAAAAGAGUUUGACCAUAUGUGGACCAAAACAAAGUCUGAGUUUCCAUGCUAUGAAUUACCCAAGAAGGAUGUGGUAAUAGAUGCUUUUCAAAUACUUCAGAUGGAUCUGAAAACAUAUCCUGGUUAUAUUCAGAAGGUCUUAAUUGAGGAAAAGCUACCAGAAUCACAGGAAGAUCAUUUCCAAAAUGUAUCAGAAACUGUCAUCAAAGCAGGUGAAAACCUCAUUUUCACAAAAGCAGGACAAAAAGCUGAUUAUAAAUCUGAACACUUACAAGAGCUUCUCCACACCAUCAAUGAAGAGUUACAAAAACACGACAUAGGCUGGAUACUUGAAAAAGUUGUACGAAGAAUGUCAAAGAACAACAAAUUGCUGCAAAUGGAGAAAGCUCUUAUUGAUGGUGUCUUGAGGAACGUAACUGACGUAGUCAAAUCUUUCAUAAACAGGCCUAGCAGGAAGGUGAGGAAUGUAUCAGAGUUCAUCAAGCAUAUCUGUCGUGAACUGAAACUGAUUUUGCCAGAUGAUGCGGUCCAAGAUCUUAUGAUCAUGAAGAGCGAAUUUUACAAGAGGACAGGAGAGUUUGCUAGCCACCUUAAGGACCACAUUGAAAGCCCAUAUUUUAAGGAAUAUGUCUUAAACGAACUGAGCCUUGGGACACUGCAAGCAGAUUAUGUGGAAACAAGGCUAAGAUCUCUGAACCCAAAGCCCCAAGACAUACUGUUUAAAUCAUUGUUUGGCUGUGGAAAGCAGUGUCCUUUCUGCCAAGCACCAUGUGAAGCUGGUGGAAGUGAGCACAAAGAACAUUUCUCCACCAUCCAUCGCCCUGAAGGUAUAAUUGGAUGUCAUACAGGAAACACCAAGGUCUUAAAAACAGCCAUUUGUUCAUCUAAUGUGAUGGGUAAUGGGACAUUUAGCAGCAAGGAAACGGGCCGGAAGUCCAAACCCUACAAGGAAUAUAGGAGGUUCUACCCUGAAUGGUAUAUACCCGCAGACUCUACCAUUGAGGCCUCUGCCUACUGGAAGUUCUUUAUGGUCAAAUUUAAUGACCAGAUUGCAAAGCACCAUGGUUUAAAUCCUGCCAUCAUACCUGAUGAUUGGAAAGCUUUGACGAAAGAUGAUGCAUUGAAAGGCUUACAAAAAGCCUUUCGAAAGGUUACACAAUUUUAA